CCAAUAGGAGAAGGCCUCAUUUACUGUACGUAUGACGUAGCCAGCUGCUACCCUGCUAGCUAGUUUGCUAACAAGAAAGAAGAUGGAUUCUCCCAUACUGGAACCAUCCUUGUACACCGUGAAAGCAGUUCUGAUUCUGGACAACGACGGAGACAGGCUUUACGCCAAGUAUUAUGAUGAUACAUACCCGACAGUGAAGGAGCAGAAGGCAUUUGAGAAGAACAUAUUCAACAAAACACACAGGACAGACAGUGAGAUAGCGUUACUUGAGGGCCUCACUGUUGUCUACAAGAGCAACAUAGACCUCUUCUUUUAUGUGAUUGGAAGUUCCCAUGAAAAUGAGCUUAUGCUUAUGGCUGUUCUAAAUUGCCUUUUUGAUUCGCUCAGUCAGAUGUUGAGAAAAAAUGUUGAGAGGAGGGCUUUGUUAGAGAAUAUGGAGGGGCUCUUCCUGGCUGUGGAUGAAAUUGUAGAUGGGGGGGUGAUCCUGGAGAGUGACCCGCAGCAAGUUGUGCACCGUGUGGCUCUCAGAGGGGAUGAUGUGCCUUUGACAGAGCAGACAGUCACCCAGGUUCUUCAGUCGGCCAAAGAACAGAUCAAGUGGUCUCUUCUACGAUAGAGUCACUCCUGCACCCGUCUACCAGUGAGCCGCUGUUCAGCCCAGUCUUCAUGGCACUGAUCCACACACUCCUUUUCCUCUGAUUUCCACUCUUUCAAUCAAAGCUGUGAGGAGUACCACUGGCUGAUCCAGUCACACUCCCAGGACUACUGCUCGACAGAGUUUCAUUUUCCAUUUUUUUUCUUUAUUCUUUGCACAGGCUUGCAUUGUAUGACAUAAUCAACAUGAGAAUAAGAUGUGGUGUACAUUCCGUCGUUUGUUUUUUCAUUACAGAAGCUGGAUGUUUAAUGAACCAAUGUAUCGUCUAUAAAACAAUGACAAACCUCAUCAUAGCCUGUGGCAACAUUCCAUGUGUCCCCUUGAACUUUAACCUGUUUGACAGCAAAUGUCUCCUUUAGAUUACUGUACAAAGUAUUGAGGCACCAGCUCUAUCAUUUACUUUACAUGAAUAUUGUGAUUUAAAAAGUGUUCAACUAAUACUGUAGUCGCACCCGUGAUCGCAGAGGUAUGUCUGAAUACAUUUGGUCUGGGGAUCUUCCAUCAUCUGAUACUUUUAAUAAAUGUUUGUUGACACUGGCAUCUGAA